AUGGACUUUGAAUGUGUGUAUGGUGUGUGUGUGUGUGUGUGUGUGUGUGUGUGUGUGUGUGGUAGUGUGUAUGUGAUGAAGCUACAUAGCGUCCAAAAUGCCAGAGUGCACUACCGAGCAAACAUGUACGCAAUUUCAAUACUACUAAUUAACACUCACUGUCCUAAAUCACGACUCAUUUAUUCGAACUAUCUUUGGAGUCCACUUUUCUGUCCAACACACACACACACACACACACACACACACACACACACACACACACACACACACACACACACACACACACACACACACACACACAGAAUGGCGUCUGCAAAUAGCUCUCAGGGAUACACCCUGUGUAAACCAGAUGACACUCUGUGUGAGGUCCGUAUGUACGAGCAGGAGGUCAUCAUCGUUCCUGUGCUGCUGUUGCUCAGUUUUUUCAUCGUGCUCGUCAUCCUGCUUCUGUUGCGCUUUUGCCCAGAGAAAGUCCACAAAGUGCGGCCAUGGGGCACUCAAAAGAGCCGGGGCCCCCCCCGGAUCGUCCACGGGGUCGAUGCUCCUCAGGGUCUGAACGCUUUGGAAGGAGAGAGUAUAGCGCUCGACAUCUCGCCUACGUACUCCACGUUCGGGGCGUCGGUGCGUGCCGGUGGAAUAAUGCGCGGCAUCGAUAACCCAGGCUUCGGCGACGCGGCCCUGCUGAACCCGCGCGAGACGCCGCGCCAGCGCCUGCCAGAGAACUUCAAACUGGUGACGUCACUGCCGAGCUCAUACGCCCUGAAGUCGGACGGCACGGUGUCGCUCUACAGGGCGCGCAUGGAGAACCGCAACGUUGUCCUGCACGUCCUCAAUGACUCAGCGAGCGAGAACGAGUGUGAGUCCUUCCUUGGCUUCGCGUCCUUCUUGUCUCAGCUGGGUCCUCACCCGUUCCUGCCCGAGCUGAUCGGCGUGGUUACGCUGCGAGCGCCGCUCAUCAUGGUCAUGGAGGAAUGCGAGAACCAGGACCUACUCAGCUACCUGUGGAGGUGCAGACAGGCAGGACCCGACUCUGGGGUGAUGACAGAGAAGCAGAUCUUCACGAUGGCCACUCAGGUGGCUUCCGCAUUGGACUUCCUGCACUCCAAAGGUCUGAUUCACGGAAACAUCAAAGCCCGCAGCGUGUUAAUUACCCGGAUGCUAACGGCUAAGCUGUGGGGACUUGGUGACGUGUACACGCGAAGGACGUAUGGCGUCAAUUACAAAAGCGACCCCGGGAUGAAAAAAUGGCAGGCGCCGGAAAUACUGGCUAACAGAGAGGCGAGCCAGAAGAGCGACCUGUGGUCGUUCGGCCUGCUGCUGUACGAGAUGGUGACUCUCGGUGAGGUUCCUUACGCGGAGGUUCCCGUUCACGAGCUGCUGCAGUUCCUCCAGAGAGGAAAAUCAUUGAAGAAACCACAUGGCUGCUCCAAUUCACUUCAUACCAUCAUCAAAAGCUGCUGCCACUGGAAAGAACAAGACCGCCUCUCAUUGGCCGAGCUCCGAAACAAACUCCUCGGAGAGAAGAGCGCCAACGACAAAACGGUUCUCCGAUCGUCUCAGCCAAUCAGCGUCGGUCAUUACCUUCAGGAGGCAGGGUAUGGCGAGGCCAACAGUUACACCGUUUUCUGAAAAAAGGAUUUGGGGGUAUUUUACAGGACUCGUUUGACUUUACGCUUACUUUCAUAUUAUACCAAGAAUAAUGGUAUAACCCUGAUUUACUGCGAAGGCAAUGAUCGAAUGGAACCAUUGAUAAAAUGGUACAUCCUGGAUUUCUAUACUGUUUACUCCUCCUAUAUGACUUGGUAUGACCCACUUUAUAAUUAAGAUAAUAAAACAUAAAUUAUCGCCCGAACGCUUCCCCCCCUCCGGUGGCGUAUUGGUACGACCCUGUUUAAUAUGGCUGCACUGUAGUGUAGUCGUUUAUCUAAUGCUAGUUUUAUAUUGUUAUAUUUGUAUUGUUUUUUUUUUUUUAUGUAAAACUCUUUGCAGGGUUUUCCAUAAUCAGGGUUUUUCUUUUUUUUGGACUCAUUCACUCUUUCAUUCACUCUCAUUUACUCAGUCUCUCAAUUUUUCACUUAUUCUCUCACUCAUCCAGUCUCACCUUUUUACUUAUUCACUCAUUCAUUCAUUCUCUUACUCCCUCACUUAUUCAUUCACUAUUUAUUUACUCACACAUUUAUUUACUGGCGAUCUCUCUUUCAUUCACUCAUUCAUUUACCGACUCUUUGAUUCAGUUUCUUAGAUUCAUGUUUUUUUUUUUUUUUUUUUUUUUUUUUUUAAUGAUACGCAAUAAAAAUUUGCACAGUUCA